GCAAGAGCUUCCGAUGGGAUUUCUCAAUUUGGACCUUUCUGAAAGCUCCUGCGCUUGCCUUGGCGGUUUGGGGCUGUACUGCAAAGCAAAGGCGGUAGGAUGACUGCAGCCAGGGAAAGAGAGGGUUUGCACCUGGCCCUGCCGUGCCGACCCCGGCCAGCCUCGGCAGCCGCCCGGCCCACGCCGUGCCCGCAGCCCCGGCUCUGCCGCGCUCGUCCCUGCCAAGUCCGGCGCAGCGCCCCCCUCAGGCCGCGCGCCGCCGGCGCAGCCGCGGCCGUUGCGCUCCGGCCGUUGUGGCACCAGUCGGCGAUCAGCGCCAUGGCAGAGCUGCCGCUGCCCGCCGGGCUCAGCGCCAGCACCUUCCCCGCCAAGCUGUGGCGCCUGGUGAACAGCCCCCGCGUCCACUCCGUGCGCUGGGACAGCCGGGCCCGGGGACUGCUCAUCGACCGCUCCCUUUUCGAGCGGGAGCUGCUCAGCCCGGGCGACGCCCAGGGGCCGGCCCCGCACACCUUCAGGGCCACGCAGUUCCGCAGCUUCGUGCGCCAGCUCUACCGCUACGGCUUCCACAAGGUGCCGGGCUGGGUUGGCUCGGCUGCGCCGGGCGAUGCCGGGACCUGGCUCCACUACAGCAACCCCUGCUUUCGCCGCGACCGCCCCGACCUCCUGCUCCGCAUCAGGCGCCGGAGCGCGGCCAACAGGCGGCGGCCGGCGGCGGGGCAGGAGGGCCGCAGGCGCCCGCCCUGCGGCUCCCAGCAGCUCCCCGGGGCGCGGCCGCUGCCGGACGGGCGGGACGGGCGCAGUCGCUUCCAGCCGCUCUCCAGGGAGCGGCCGCCGCUGCCGCCCGGGCGCCCGCCCAGCGGCUUCCUCCUGCUGCACAGGGAACGGACGCUGCCGGACGGGCGGGAGCUGCGCAGUCCCCGGCCCGGCCGCUUCCAGCAGCCCCCCGGGGAGCGGCCGCUGCUCGCCCGGCGCCCGCCCUGCAGCUUCCACCUGCUGCACAGGGACCGGCCGGUGCCGGCCCGGCGGGAGGGGCCGAGCCGCUUCCGGGAGCUCUAUGGGGAGCAGCCGCUGCCCGCCGAGCGGGAGGUGCUACGGGUCCCGCCCUGCGAGUUGCUCGCUUUCCACGGGGAGCCGCUGCUGCCGCUCGGGCGGGAGGGGCCCCGCAGCCGCUUCCAGGAGCUCUGCGGGGGGCAGCUGCCUCCGAUCGACCGGGAGGUGCUCAGGAUCCCGCCCUGCAGCUUCCAGCAUCUCCACAGGGAGCAGCAGCCCCCAGCCUACGACCCACGAGCCACCUCAGACACUUCAGCCCCCAGCGCUCCAUCUAGCAGUGCAGGCUGUGCAGCAUCGAUGGCCUCCAGCUCAGCCUGGAAUGCACCUGAGGAAAAGGAAUGGCCACCAGUGGAUCUUGGCUUUGCUGUAGAGCAAAUGAUCCAGGAGAUCAGGAGAUCCCUGCCUGAAAGGUCUCCCUCUGCUCAGGGCAAUAUUAAUGUUGCCCCUGAGUCUUCAGGAGGGGAGCCUGUGAACCGGGCUGCAGCAGAGGAAACUUCAUCAGGCACGGAGAGCUGCGGGAACAGUUCCCCAGAGCCCGAGGAGCUUGAUCCCGUGUGAUCAGCUUCUCCAGGAGGGCUGCCCUGUGUGGCAGGAAGAGACAGAGGGAGAGCCUGUGACCACUGGGCAGGUGGAAUUCCUCUAUCUCUAGUUAUAUUUAUAGAUGUGUAUAGUUAUAUUUAUUGAUCUAUGUAGUUGUGUUUAGAGAUUUAUGUAGUUAUAUUUAUCUAUCUAUAUAGACAGAGAUUUGUACAGUUAAUUUAUUUUUAGUUUUAGGUGUAUAUAUUUAUAUUUUUAGAUGUGCAGUUAUAGUUAUAGAUGUCCAUAGUUGCAUUUAUACAUGUGUAUAGUUACAUUUACAUAUAUAUAGUUACAUUUAUAGAUAGGCAUAUUUAUAUUGAUAUAUGGGGGCUUAGUUACAUAGAUUGAUAUCUGUAUAGGUAUAGGGCUGUUUUUAACCUCUUCCCCUGCUCUGCUUCCUCCCUCACCUCUUGCUUUUCCCCCUGUGCCCCCUCUGUCCCCUCUCCCUGUGCUGGGUCCGAGCUGGCGGCCGGGCCGGGCGGAGCAGCAGUUCCAGCCCCGGGUGUCCCUGGAGCGGUGGGAGCUGCCGGUGGCCCCAGGCACUGUCCCCUGAGGAGCUGCUGCAGGACGCUGCAGUGAAGACCUAGAGGACAGCCGGAGACUGACGGGAGCCAGCAGGGAGAAGCUGAAGGCCAGCAGCAAGAGCAGGGAACGGGGACCUGCUGCUGCCACGCUGGAGAGAGCCCGGCUGUGCCAUCUGCUGUCCCUGUCCAGGAGAGCUGCUCUGCACGGGAGGAAGAGACCGAGGGAGAGCCUGGGGACAUCGGCGGCUGCAAUCCCUUCUGAUCUAGUUCUGUUUAUGGAUGCAUAGAGUUAGACUUUGAUAGUUACAAGUAUAGGGAUAUUUACACACGUAGACUCAUAUUUGUAUAGGUGUCUAUGUAUGUGUAUUGUUAUAUUGAUGCAUGUAUAUUGAUCUGUUUGCAUCUCUAGUUAUGUUUACAUACUUGUACAGUUUUGUAGCUGUGUAGUUCUAUUGCUGGGGUUGUAUGGAUUGUUUUAUUGGCCCAUUGAUAUUUGUAUAUUUAUAGAUAGGUUUGUUAUGUGUAUAUUAUAUAUGUCAUAUAUGUAAUGAAAUACAUAAUACAUAUUUACAUCUGUAUAUUCUUAUGUAUUUACUUCUAUUUAAAUAUAUAUGGAGUUGCAUAGUUCUAAAAUUCUAUUAAUUUAGUUCUGGAUCUGAGAUUCUUUUGAAAGGGAUAUUGAUAUUUCUGUAUUCGUACAUGGGCCAUACAGUUGUAGUAAUAUGUAAAAAAUUUAAGUGUUAAACUUCAAUUCAUAUUUGUGUAUAUUGAGUUGUUGUAGAGAGUUGCAAUAAAUUAAUUUUUUUUAACUGAA